AUGGCGUCCGGGUUACCAUGUUCCGCCGGGCGGCAGCUGUGUGUUUUUCUAUCAUGUUCCUUGCUGUCCGGAUCUCGGCCAGAACCGACAGCGCGUGACUUGUCAUCCAUCGCCCUGAUCUCUGCUUCCACUACCCUGUUUGGCCAUGGAGCACAAGCAUCUGAUGGAGCUCUGGUUCUUCCUUGGUGUCGCCUUGGAAAUCCUGGUAACAGCCGAGAUCUGGAACAGCAAGAUAGCAACCACUCCUGGGCAUCACUUGGUAACCCCCAAGGUGCGGACUCCCACUGGAUCCUGAUACCCUUGGAACAUAUCCUCUUGGGCUUUCUUUGCAUUUAUAUGGAAGGCGCCCGUCUGCUCAGUCGCAGCUAUAUGCGCACCACAGGAUCCAGUUCCGGGUCAAUGGCCACAUUACAAGUUCGACCUGUUACUUGGGAUCUGGAUACUUCACUUGGAUCUGCCACCCUGGAUCCUCAAAACAAGUUUACUGAUCAUGGGCUGCAAAGCCCAGAAUGUACACCGAAUGGCCAUCUGCCUGAGGAAGCCAUGGCAUGCCUGGAAUGGACGACUCAGAUGUCACUGUUCUUUUUCGAAUCGGAAAAAACCCCCAUGCAAAUUCCUUGGGCAAUCCCAGCAUUUACUGCAAGCUUGUCAGCAGCUAUUGCUCAAUGGUACUGGAAGAUCCGUUACACCAUUCGCCCCAAUGUGGAAACUUGUACCCGGGUAUUCACCUCAGCAUAG